AUGGUGAAAGAUGGUGAAAGAUGGUGGUUGGCUGGAUGGGUGAAAGAUGGUGCAGUCAAGGGGAUGGUGAAAGAUGGUGCAGUCAAGGGGAUGGUGAAAGAUGGUGCAGUCAAGGGGAUGGUGAAAGAUGGUGCAGUCAAGGGGAUGGUGAAAGAUGGUGCAGUCAAGGGGAUGGUGAAAGAUGGUGCAGUCAAGGGGAUGGUGAAAGAUGGUUCAGUCAAGGGGAUGGUGAAAGAUGGUGCAGUCAAGGGGAUGGUGAAAGAUGGUGCAGUCAAGGGGAUGGUGAAAGAUGGUGCAGUCAAGGGGAUGGUGAAAGAUGGUUCAGUCAAGGGGAUGGUGAAAGAUGGUGCAGUCAAGGGGAUGGUGAAAGAUGGUGCAGUCAAGGGGAUGGUGAAAGAUGGUGCAGUCAAGGGGAUGGUGAAAGAUGGUGCAGUCAAGGGGAUGGUGAAAGAUGGUGCAGUCAAGGGGAUGGUGAAAGAUGGUGCAGUCAAGGGGAUGGUGAAAGAUGGUGCAGUCAAGGGGAUGGUGAAAGAUGGUGCAGUCAAGGGGAUGGUGAAAGAUGGUGCAGUCAAGGGGAUGGUGAAAGAUGGUGCAGUCAAGGGGAUGGUGAAAGAUGGUGCAGUCAAGGGGAUGGUGAAAGAUGGUGCAGUCAAGGGGAUGGUGAAAGAUGGUGCAGUCAAGGGGGCUGCCUCUGUCCUCAUGGCUCGUCUCUGCCUCUUGAUCCCCUCCUGA